CGGCCCAUGGCCGGUAGCCACAGCACAGCACGCCACGGCCGGACUCUUCUUCUUCUUCUUCCCAGGCGCCAGCGGACCUGCGGGACCUCGUCGUCCGAUCCUUCACUGGCAGGGCGCAGCUAGCUGCAGUUAACGGCAGCAGCAGCAGCAAGAGGAAGGAAGCUUUCCGGCGGCGGAGGAUCGGGGAGGAGGAAGAUGGUGGUGGAGUCCACGGGAGGCGGCGGAGGGGACUUGCUCAUCAAGCUGUUCGGGAAGACCAUCCCCGUGCCGGAGACCGCCGCCAAGGAGAGCAGCGGCGGCGGCAGCGGCGGCAGCAGCAGCAGCACCACUGAAUCCGAUGUCCCGGAGAACGCGCACCAGGACGCCUCGGACCCGUCCCCGCAGCCGGAGGUCGUGGACGCCGAGGAACCCAAGAGCUCGCCGGAGACGCAGCAGCACGGAGCUGGCGACAUGGCCGGCCAGAGGGAGAAGCUCAAGAAGCCCGACAAGGUGCUGCCGUGCCCGCGCUGCAACAGCAUGGACACGAAGUUCUGCUACUUCAACAACUACAACGUCAACCAGCCGCGCCACUUCUGCAAGAACUGCCAGCGGUACUGGACCGCCGGCGGCGCCAUGCGCAACGUGCCCGUCGGGGCCGGGCGCCGCAAGAACAAGCACGCCGUCGCCGCCUCCCAAUUCCUGCAGAGGGUCCGGGCCGCGCUGCCCGCCGCCGCCGGUGACCAGCUCAAGACCAACGGCACCGUGCUCAGCUUCGGCGGCCACGGCGCGCCUCCCGCGCUGCAGGACCUCGCCGAGCAGGUGUCCCACCUGAAGGAGAAGCUGCUCCUCCCGGCCAGGAACGCCGGCAACCCGUCGCCGGUGGGUCCUUGCAGCGAAGGAUUUAGCAGCACGGACGACAAGGCCCAUGGCGGCGGCAUCAAGGAGAAGCCCACCGUAGACAGACCUGCAAAUGGAGCGCCGCAUCCGGCAAGCAUGAACGGAGCAGCCGUGUGGCCGUACGGCUGCGCGCCGGCGCCAUCUCCGGCGGCGUAUUUCUCGUCGGGCAUCGCGAUUCCGAUAUACCCCGCCGCACCGGGUUACUGGGGCUGCAUGGUUCCCGGAACUUGGAGCCUGCCAUGGCCGGUGCAGGGCGUCUCGUCGCCCACCAGUGCUCCUUCACUCUCAUCAUCGGGGCCUGAACCCCUCACACUGGGCAAGCACCCCAGGGAGGCUGACGAGGGAAGAAGCGCCCAUGGCAGUGGCAAGGUGUGGGCGCCAAAGACAAUCCGGAUAGACGACGCCGACGAGGUGGCCAGGAGCUCAAUCUGGUCCCUCAUCGGCAUAAAAGGCGACAAGAAGCAGGACGCCGCAGAUCAUCGCGCUGCCGGGCACAAGCAUGGAACGGUGUUCGAGCAGAAGCGUGAGCCCAAGAAGCCGGCGAUGAUCGCAAGCUCGCCGCUCCUGCACACGAACCCCGUCGCGCUGACACGCUCGGUGACCUUCCAGGAGGGAUCUUGAAGCUCAUCGGCAGUACUGAAAUUUUUGUAAAUCAGAGGAUUGUAAUAUAGGUAUUGGGGUGGGGUGGGGGGAGGGGAACAGAGUGUAUGUGCGACAUAGCUACUUGUGGACUUGUAAUAGGUAGCCUCAUGUACAUAGAAUUAGCUAUUUGGGUUGGAGAAAGACCAGGAGAUCAAUAUGCCCCCUGGUUGUGGAUAAUAAAUAAUAUGAAGAAGGAACAUAUUGCUUGAGGUAUUU